GCAAAAACCAUGGCUAAGCAACCAACAGUUCUCUGGGCCCAGCGUGAAUCACUUGUCUAUCUGACCAUCGAGGUUGAUGAGGCGAAAAUCGAGGAACUGAAAGGAGAGGGAAACAAGCUUCACUUCCAAGGAAGCAGCAAAACUGACAAGUACGAAGCAACUCUCGAAUUCUUCGACGAAAUCGAUCCUGCAUCCGUAAAGCACACUGGAUCUUCAACCCGCGUCGUUGAGAUCACAGUUCAGAAGAAGACCCCAGCCUGGUGGCCAAGACUUCUUCAAAACAAGGGAAAGGUCCAUUGGUUGAAGGUUGACUUUGGAAAAUGGAAGGAUGAAGACGAGGAUGAUGAGGCUGAGGAUGCCGGAGCCGGAAUUGGCGGUGGAAUGGCGAACGGAUUCGAUUUGAACCAGUACAUGUCCCAGAUGGGAGGAGCUGGCGGAGCAGACUUCGGAGGUCUUGAGGAUGAUGAGGAAGAUGACGAUAUGCCAGAUCUCGAAGACAACGAAGAGGAGGAAGGAAAGAACGGAACGAGAGCUUAAGCAACUCCUCAAGUCCCAAUUGUUUCAUUAAAAAUACAAUUUGAAUUUCUCUAAUUUAAUUCUUUAUUCAUUUUUCUCUAUCCCGAUUAUUCCUCUUCCAGUUUGUGAACGCUUCACGUAUCUCAGUCACAGAGUUUCAUUUAUUGUUUCCACUUUAAAUAUUUAUUGAGUAAAGUGAUAUCAC